GCAUAAUAAUUGUGUUGCUGUCUGCGGGUACCCACAGAGUCGAUAUCGCAGACGGUCAAAGUUCUCCAAACGGAAACAAGUAAUUUCAGUCAAUAUGUUAGGAAUCAGCAGAUCAUUAAUUCAAAUAUGUGGCCGUCGCAGCAUCGCUUCUCUGGCAUCUCUGUCGGAAACUCAUCAAAUGCUACAAAAAACUUGCAGAGACUUUGCAGAAGCAGAGCUGAAGCCCAUAGCCGGGAAAAUCGACCAAGGCCACCUCUAUCCCAAAGAGCAAGUGAAGAAGAUGGGAGAACUCGGCUUGCUGGCGAUGGCUGUGCCGGAAUCGCUGGGCGGUACCGGACUCGACUACCUCGCCUACGCCAUCGCCAUGGAGGAGAUCUCGAGGGGUUGCGCCAGUACAGGCGUCAUCAUGAGCGUGAACAAUUCCCUGUAUCUUGGACCACUUGAAAAGUUCGGUAACGACAAGCAAAAGGAAAAGUACAUCACACCGUUCGCCAACGGUGACAGGGUAGGCUGCUUUGCCCUCAGCGAACCUGGUAACGGUUCGGACGCAGGAGCUGCCUCGACUACGGCCAAGACGUCUGGUUCGGGCGGCUACUUGCUCAACGGUACCAAAUGCUGGAUAACCAACGGCUACGAAGCCGAGGGUAUCGUGGUUUUCGCGACGACCGACAAAGCCAAGAAGCACAAGGGAAUCAGUGCCUUCAUCGUGGACAAGCCGACGCCUGGAUUGUCUUUGGGAAAAAAGGAGGAUAAGUUGGGUAUCAGAGGCAGCAGUACCUGUUCUUUGAUAUUCGAGGACUGCAAGGUACCAGAGGAGAACUUGCUUGGCGAGCCUGGAAUGGGUUUCAAAAUCGCUAUGAUGACGUUGGACGCCGGAAGAAUAGGAAUAGCCUCCCAGGCUCUGGGAAUAGCGCAGGCCUCUCUCGAUUGCGCAGUGGAGUACGCCACCAAGAGAACAGCUUUUGGCAAUGCCAUAGCCAAGUUACAAGCCAUCCAAAUGAAACUGGCGGAUAUGGCGAUGAGAGUCGAGGCUUCCAGGCUGCUGACAUGGAGAGCCGCUUACUUGAAGGACAAUGGAAAGCCUUACACAAAGGAAGCGGCGAUGGCGAAGCUGUCAGCAUCCGAAGCGGCAACGUUUUGCUCGCAUCAAGCCAUUCAGAUUUUAGGAGGAAUGGGAUACGUCACGGACAUGCCGGCCGAACGUCAUUACAGAGACGCUCGUAUCACAGAGAUAUACGAGGGCACCUCGGAGAUUCAAAGACUGGUGAUCGCGGGUAACCUUCUGAAGGAGUACAACCUGUGAGACGCUUCUUAGCGAUGUAUUACGAUGAACUAAUGCUAACGAGUGACUUUUAUCAAUGCAAAUUACUAACAAACUGACUGUUUUCUUUGUCUUUUUUAAUAAUCGAGCAAUGUAAUAUCUAAAGAAUUGUUUUUAUGAUAUAGAAAAGUCGUCUAUUUUUUAUAAGAACGAAUAUGUAAAGCAUUUUUGUACCAUAUUUUUAUCUACGUCUAUAUACAAGGAAUUAAUAAAAUUUUAUACCUUAUUAUAU